AUGGUGGAAGACUACGCAAUAGGUUGCCGUUUCAGGCCCUCAGAGGAAGAACUACUUUACCUCCUCCGUGACAAAGUUACCAACCCGCGGUUCCAAUAUGAUCAGGUCAAGGAAAAGAAGCUCUACGGGGAAGGUGCCUCACCGUGGAAUGUUUUCAGCGAUGAUGAUCUUCAGCGGGAACUUUUUGAUGAUAAUGGGAGCAAUGGUAACAAAAGAAUGGUCUACGUGUUUACUGAGUUAAACAAAUUGAGUGCCAAGAAGGCCGCGAGAACGGCUGGUUCCGGGACAUGGGAUGGAGAAGCUAAGAUUACUACAAUUCAGGACAUGAUCACUGGUGAGCAAAUUGGGAAAAGGAAGAUGUUAAGCUAUGUUCUCCAUUCGGGUUCAGAGGUAAAGAAGGGUAGAUGGAUAAUGCAUGAGUAUGCUUUUGCUGGUGCUUGCUUGAAUGGGAUAGGUAGCAGCAUCCACAAUACUGAUUAA